AUGUCAAUCUAUCGAACAAUUGUUGGGUCCAUUGAACAUAAGAAACAAGUUUUGAUGUUUGUCUAUGGUCACGGGGGUACAGGCAAAACUUUUCUAUGGAGUAUGAUUCUUUCGUAUUUUAGAUCAAUUGGGAAAGUGGUUCUGGAUGUUGCUGCAUCUGGAAUUGCAUCAUUACUACUUCCAUCUGGAACAAACGCACAUUCAAGAUUUAAGAUUCCAAUAGAUCUCACAAACAAAAAAUCUUGUGAUAUAAAAAAGAGAACAAUUCUAGGCGAUCUCAUGUGUCAUACAUCACUUAUUGAGAAACCAUUUGGUGGUCUUUCUGUCCUCCUUGGUGGUGACUUGCGACAAACACUUCCUGUUGUCCCAAAAAGCACACGUUCUGAGACAAUAGCGCUUACACUACCAAAAUCAUAUCUUUGGCGUCUUUUUCAAAGAUGGUUUGGUUGGAUUCCUGAUACAGAUGAUCCUGACAACACGUCUUGGGUUCAAAUACCAGAUUCACUAUUGAUCCCACCUGGACCAAAUGUGUUACAAGAUCUUAUACAGUUUGUGUAUGGAGAUUCUAUACUGAUCAACCCAACAGCGAAAGAUCUUUCAGAAAGGACAAUUGUUUGUCCAACAAAUGAAGUGCCAGAUAAGAUAAACAACAUGAUCCUAGAAACUAUCACAGCUUCCGGUGUAGUAUAUAACAACACAGAUUCAAUGCAACCAAAUGGAAAACACACAGCUGAUCCAGAAGGACUAUAUCCUACAGACUACCUAAAUGAAUUAAUAUUUCCAGGAAUCCCACCUCAUGUACUUCACUUGAAACAAGGAGCACCGAUUAUGUUACUGAGAAACAUGAAUCAAAAGGAAGGAUUAUGUAAUGCUAACACUUUUACCUCGAUUAAUGUCUGUUUACCUAACAGUGAAGACAUAGCAUUCAUGACUUGUAUAUCUGAUAUGAAGUGUGAAGGUGUUGGAGCUCCUUUACAAUUAAGAAUCAUCCGCAAAUGGAAGAACAAUGGAGAUGCAAUCCAGAUUCUUGGACAACGUACUAGUCAGACUUAUAAUGAAUCAGUAUUCAAAUUAUUCGAUUGCUACACGAUCUUCGAAUACAGCUGUCCAGAACUUGAUAGGCACCAGAAGGUAUUAGAGAAUGAUUUCUACAUCAAGGUUGGUCUCAUUUCAGUAAUCAAAUCACUUCCAGAUACAAUGACAAUACCAAAACACUGGUUCCGGUUUGUCACAAAAUCGCAUCUCAUGGAACUUGGAGAAAAACCACCUUAUUAUCCAGAUUUUAUUAGUGUUCUAUCAAAAACCAAAGACUGCAGAAAAGCAAAUCAUGAGCCAUAUGUUUUCCUUGUGCUAACAGAAAAGAGUGGCAAUGAACUUCCAAUAAACCUAUGGAAUGAAUGCAUCACAGUCCCAACAAAAUUCAACCGUGAUCUACUAAUCCCGUUGCCUACCAUUACAGUUGUUGCUGUUACAAACCUAAAGGCUUCCACUUCUGCAAGUAUGGCACUUCCAAUCUGA